AUGGUGCUCUCAAAACCAUUACGUACAACCUCUGAACAAAAUGAACCAACCACGGUCCUCCCAUUUUCCUACAGUCCCUUGCCGGAUGAGACCCAAUCCGUCGGAGCUUCGGCCGAACGCCGGCAACCCAAUAGGCUAAUAAUCCUAUUAUUAUCUGGGUUGCUGGUGGUUGGUUUCUUGGUCGCCUUAUUGAGUGGAGAUGGACUGGCUACAAAGGGUGGUGGUGGUGCUGACAUGUUUGCCACGUCCGGUUCGACAACUUCACCGGAGAGAAUAAUCCCGGUGGCACGGGGGAUAAAGGAAGGGGUGUCCGCGAAAUCAUUUGUCCCAUUGGCCGGCGUGCCUCAGUAUCCAUGGACCACCGAAAUGUUGGAUUGGCAAAGAACUGCUUUUCAUUUUCAGCCAAAGAAUAACUGGAUGAAUGGUCCAAUGUUUUACAUGGGAUGGUAUCACUUUUUCUACCAGUACAACCCUAAUGGGGCAGUGUGGGGUGACAUUGUGUGGGGACAUGCCGUAUCUAGGGACCUAAUUCAUUGGAGCCAUCUUCCGAUCGCCAUGGUUUGCGAUCACUGGUAUGACAUCAACGGUGUCUGGACGGGAUCCGCCACCAUUCUGUCGGAUGGCCAAAUUGUCAUGCUCUAUACUGGAUCAACCGAUGAGUCGGUGCAGGUCCAAAAUCUUGCGUACCCUGCCAACUUGUCGGAUCCUCUCCUCAUUGAUUGGGUCAAGUACUCCGGCAACCCGGUUCUAGUCCCUCCACUCGGAAUCGAUUCCAAGGAUUUUCGUGACCCGACAACAGCGUGGGUCACAUCCAAGGGCACCUGGCGAAUCACCAUUGGGUCAAAGUUGAACAAAACUGGCAUUGCAUUGGUCUAUGAUACUGAGGACUUCAAAAACUAUGAGCUCUUAGAUGGGUGGCUCCAUGCAGUCCCGGGUACGGGCAUGUGGGAGUGUGUGGACCUUUACCCGGUAUCUAAAGUUGAGGAAAAUGGGUUGGACACAUCAGAAAAUGGUCCUGCUGUGAAGCAUGUGGUCAAGGCUAGCCUUGAUGAUGAUAAGAAUGAUUAUUAUGCAAUCGGCACUUAUGAUGAAAAAGCUGGUACAUGGAUCCCGGAUAACCCGAAACUUGAUGUUGGCAUUGGAUUGAGGUAUGAUUAUGGCAUUUUCUAUGCCUCAAAAACAUUUUAUGAUCAAGAGAAGAAAAGAAGGGUGUUGUGGGGUUGGAUUAAAGAGACUGAUAGUGAAAGCGCAGACAUAAAGAAGGGUUGGUCGUCUGUUCAGGCCAUUCCAAGGACUGUACUGUUAGACAAGAAGACUGGUAGCAAUUUGCUUCAGUGGCCAGUGGAGGAGGUCAACAAGUUAAGAUCAAACAUCAGCGAAUUCAACAAGGUAGAAGUUAAAGCCGGAUCAACCGUGCCACUCAAUUUGAACUCAGCUGAUCAGCUAGAUAUCGUGGCCGAGUUUGAGAUAGAUAAUGAGACAUUGGAGAGACUAAAUGGAACAGAUGAAGUUUAUGAUUGCAGAGAAAAUGGUGGAGCUGCACAAAGAGGUGCAUUGGGGCCAUUUGGAAUCUCAGUUCUUGUGGCUAAGGACCUUUCUGAGCAGACUCCAGUCUACUUCUAUGUUGCCAAAACAGCUGAUGGCAGGCUUAAGACUUUCUUCUGCAGUGAUCAGUCAAGGUUUUAUUAUCAUCUUCUCAUAAUUUUUUUCGUUUUCUGGUCUUCUGAUGCAACCGAUGUUGUUAAGGAAAUUUAUGGUAGCACAGUUCCGGUUGAUCAUUCGAUAGUAGAAAGCUUUGCUCAAGGUGGAAGGACAUGUAUCACCACAAGGGUAUAUCCAACGAAGGCAAUCAAAGAAGGUGCUCAGCUCUUCUUGUUCAACAAUGCAACUGAGGCCAACAUUACUGCCUCACUCCAGAUAUGGCAUAUGAAUUCUGCAUACAUACAUUCCUUCCCUACUGAGCUGUUGAUGUAA